AUGGGUGCAGUCAGCUUUGGGAACCCCGGUUGCGGCUCCCUUUCCCUUAUCAUCUUUCUAGUUAUAUGCGUGUUAACCCUAUUUACGUUGAAUGGAGAGUGCAAAAGCGAACCAGUGGAAGAUCAGAACAAAGACCUCCUGUAUAAGUACAAGCUAUAUGGAGACAUAGACGAGUAUGCCUACUAUUUUCUGGACGUAGGCAUUGGGACCCCGGAGCAGAAAAUUUCUUUAAUCCUAGACACGGGUUCAUCCUCCUUGAGCUUCCCAUGUGCUGGUUGCAAGAAGUGUGGGGUUCACAUGGAAAACCCCUUUAACCUGAAUAACUCUAAAACGUCAUCCAUUCUGUACUGUGAAAAUGAGAAAUGUCCUUAUAACCUGAACUGUGUGAAUGGGAAGUGUGAGUACCUGCAGUCCUACUGCGAGGGUUCCCAAAUUAGUGGGUUCUACUUUUCAGAUGUAGUCACCGUGGUGUCACACAACAAUGAGAAAAUCAGUUUUAGGAAGCUCAUGGGGUGUCAUAUGCAUGAGGAGAGCCUCUUUCUAUACCAACAGGCGACUGGCGUUUUAGGCAUGAGUCUUUCUAAGCCGCAAGGCAUCCCCACGUUUAUAAAUUUUCUCUUUCAGAACGCCCCGCAGUUGAAGGAGGUAUUCUCCAUUUGUAUAUCCGAAAAGGGGGGCGAACUCAUCGCGGGGGGGUAUGACCCUGCUUAUAUUGUUCGCAAGGGGGAGCCUAAUCAACUGGACGGGGCUACCCCACCAGGGGAAGAGAAAGAAUUGUCACUACGCGAGGCAGAAAAAAUCGUGUGGGAAAAUAUAACAAGGAAGUACUACUACUACAUACGGGUGAGGGGCAUGGACCUGUUUGGAACUAACAUGAUGAGCUCAAACAAGGGACUCGAAAUGCUGGUCGAUUCAGGCAGCACAUUCACACACGUUCCAGAGGACCUCUACAACAAAUUGAACUUCUUCUUCGAUAUCCUGUGCAUUCAAGAUAUGAAUAACGCCUUUGACGUGAACAAGAGGUUGAAAAUGACAAACGAGUCGUUUAACAAUCCUCUGGUUCAGUUUGAUGAUUUUAAGAAAUCCCUAAAACGUAUCAUCGAGAAGGAGAAUAUGUGCGUUAAAAUAGUAGAAGGAGUCCAAUGUUGGAAGUACCUGGAUGGACUACCCGAUCUUUUUGUAACCUUAUCGAAAAACUACAAAAUGAAAUGGCAACCACAUUCGUAUCUCUACAAGAAGGAAAACUUCUGGUGUAAGGGCAUAGAGAAACAGGUAAAUAAUAAGCCCAUAUUAGGGUUAACUUUUUUUAAGAACAGACAAGUUAUUUUUGACAUUCAAAAAAAUCGGAUCGGGUUUGUCGACGCUAAGUGUCCAUCCCAUCCGACCAGUGCGAGACCUAGGACUUAUAAUGAAUACAAAACGAAGGACAACAUAUUUUUGAAAAUUCCUUUUUUUUAUCUGUAUAGCCUAUUUGUUCUCUUCGCCCUGUGUAUUUUGUUAUCCCUGGUGUUUUACAUCAAGCGGCUGUACCAUAUGGAGUAUAGCCCGCUCCACGCAGAGGGGCACGCACAAGCGAACGCGUAG